AUGGCGCAAGUUAAGCUCCCCGAGUUCGUGGAUACCCCCGUUGACGACAUCCCCAAAAUCGUCGGGAGAACGAAUGCUGCCUUCCUCUCACACAAGACACGCACUGUGGAAUUCAGAGUCAGACAGCUACGCAAAUUGUACUGGGGCCUCGAUAGUCAUGAAGCUGAGCUGCGCGAAGCUGUCAAACGAGAUCUCAACAAAGGCUUUUUCGAUGCCAUGAUCUCCGAGAUUGACUGGGUCAAGAACGACAUCAUCUUCAUGACAUCCAACCUCGAGAAAUGGAUGAAGGACGAAAAAGUACCCGACAUCAGCUUCGCAAAUCGCCUGGUCAAUCCAAGAAUCAGAAAGGACCCUCUUGGCAUCGUCCUCGUGGUUGGCGCCUUCAAUUUCCCCUUCCAGCUGUCUCUCGGGCCCGUGAUUGGUGCCAUUGCCGGGGGUAACACGGUCGUGCUGAAACCGUCCGAGCAAGCACCUUACUGUGCUGCAAUUAUGCAGAAGAUCAUGGAAGAGACACUUGACCCAGACUGCUUCACCUGUGUGCAAGGAGCCAUCCCCCAGAUGCAAGCCUUGCUGGCUGAGAAGUGGGACAAGAUCUUCUUCACUGGUUCUGUCAAUACUGCCAAAAUUGUAGCCAAGGCAGCAGCGGUGCACCUCACUCCUACCGUUUUCGAACUCGGCGGUAAGAAUCCAGCGAUCGUGACCAAGAAAGCUGAUCCUUACCUGACCGCACGACGGCUCCUCUGGGGCAAGACUAUGAAUGCAGGCCAAGUUUGUAUCAGCCAAAACUACACUUUGGUGGACCGAGAAGUUCUGCCCAUCCUGGUGGAAGAGCUUAAACGAGCCUUCAAGGAAUUCUUCCCCAAUGGAGCCAAGCAGAGUGAAGACUACGCCAAAAUUGUCACCCUGAGGUCUUUUGAGCGACUCAAGGGCAUGUUGGACCAGAGCUCGGGCAAGAUUGUGGUGGGCGGCGAGAUGGAUGCCGAGAAGCUGUUCAUCGAGCCCACCGUCGUCGUGGUAUCGGAUGUGAAUGACUCACUGCUCAAAGAGGAGUCAUUUGGCCCCUUGAUGCCGUUACUACCUAUCGACAGCCUCGACGAAGCCAUCUCGAUUGCCAACUCGAUUCAUGCCACUCCACUCGGCACGUAUAUCUUUGGUGACAAGAAGGAAGCUGCCAAAGUCCUCUCCGAGACACGUUCGGGUGGCGCGACGGUCAACGAUGCCCUUUUCCAUGCUGUCAUUCCGACUCUCGAGUUCGGGGGUGUCGGCGAUUCGGGUAUGGGUGCGUAUCGUGGCAAGUCCUCAUUUGACACCUUCGUGCACCGCCGGGCCAUUGCUCAGACUCCUAAAUGGAUGGAGAGGUUUCUUGCUGUGCGUUAUCCACCCUACGCUGGGACCAACAAGUAUCUUGAGUUCAGCAAGAUGGGCAAGCUCAAGCCCAAUUUUGACAGAGAGGGGAACGAAAAACGGACUGUCCUUUGGUAUAUGCUUACGCUGGGCGGUAAAAGCCUGACGCGAGGAGUGAUUAGGGCGCUGGUACUCGCAGGCAUUGCCCUUGGACUCAAAAGCAUUUUGGAGAGGAGGGGCUAUGUGUGA